AUCCAAGUUCCCAUCGAGCGGCGAUAGCGGCAAGUCCACGAUGCCCCGGUACUACUGCGACUACUGCGAUACCUACCUCACCCACGACUCGCAAGCUGGGCGCAAGCAGCACAACCGCGGCUGGAAGCACCGCGAGAACGUCAAGCUCUACUACGAGGCGAUUGUCCAAGGCAAUGGCGCGACCAUGACCCCUGGCGCCUGGCUGCGCCCGGAUGCGAUGCUGCGUGGCCCGCCGCGGCCGAUGAUGCCAGUGGGCCUCGUGCGGCCCAUGGGCAUGCCUGGCAUGCCGCCGGGGAUGCCUGGGAUGCCGCCGCCGGGCAUGCCUGCCUAUGGCAUGCCGCCGGGGUUCCCGCCGCGUGGCCCGCCGCCGAUGAUGCCAAUGCACAUGCGCCCGCCACCGCCGAUGCAGUACCAGCCGCCCCAAUAAGACCAGUAGAGUGGAAGAGUAGUGCUUGCUCCCUAAGAUCCUCAUAACCUUUGAUUAACUUAAAAAAGCCACGACAACCCGAC